AUGGAAGUUUUGAGGGGAACUUGUGAUAUAAAUCAUAACCGUCACUCAAGAAUAAAGCCGAAACGUCGCAGUUUUAACUGCUUUUCAUGGUAUAUUAUAUUUAUAACCGUUUUUAGCACUGCUUGUGUUUUUAGUAUUUGCAAGAAUGCGAUUGUAAAUCAUGUAUCUUUCGGGUUGACUAUAAAUAAGGGUUAUGAGAUAGCUGAUGAUGGUAGUUUCAUAGUUGUAACUUCCAGUGGACGAAAGGUUUGUGCAAAGACAUAUUUAAGGCCAUAUAAUUUGGAUUGUUCACAUGUAUGGAUACAAGGGGAAAAUAAACAACGUAUAUCAGCUUUGAUUAUCUAUCAUAUCGAUGAAGUUUUAGACACAGAAUAUACAUAUGGCAAACCGUAUGACUCGGAUUUUUUUCUCUUUAGCCAUGGGAAUAACACAGACAUUGGACAUAUGUUUUACCUUUGCUUUAAGCUAUGCCUAAUGCUUAAGGUUAAUUUGGUAUCAUAUGAUUAUAGUGGUUACGGUUAUAGUACAGGAAAAACAACGGAACGCAAUUUAUAUGAAAAUAUAGUCCUAGUUUAUGAUUAUUUAGUUGAACAAUUAAAGGUUGAAUCCAAACGUAUAAUUUUGUAUGGAAACUCUAUAGGAUCAGCUACAUCGUGUUAUAUUGCGAGCCAUCCGGAUUUAUACCCUAUUGGGGGAUUAAUUUUGCAUUCACCGUUGGCUUCUGGAUUAAGAAUUUUUUUCAAAUCUAUUUCAAAAUCGCAUUGGUUCGAUGCUUUUAACAACAUCGAAUUCCUUAAAAAAUCUUCUCUGAUUCCAAUAUUUAUAAUACAUGGAACUUGCGAUAGCCAAAUUCCACUUUCUCAUGCCAUACAAUUGGCAUGCAUUGUCAAGGAAAGACAUGACCAUUUGAAUAACAUAAUAGAGCCCACCAUAGAACCCAAAUCUGACCUUGAAGCUGAGGAACGUAGUAUACAUAAGAAUACAGAGUCCGUGAUUUUUUCACCUAAAAGUCAAUUUAUGCACAAGAUCAAAGACUAUGAUGUUUCAAGUUAUACCGAUAAAUACAUAAGGACCUGGUGGGUUGAGGGCGCUGAUCACAACAAUAUCGAAGUUAAAUACUCUGGAGCAUACUACGAACAGCUACUCAGCUUUUUAGAUCUAUGCAGACACUGGAGAACUAGCGCAUUAUAG